AUGGCCUCCGACUCAGCUGCCAAGAAGCUGAGGGAGGAAGCCACCUGUUCCACCUGUCUGCGGCUGAUGACUGAGCCCGUGAGCAUAAACUGUGGACACAGUUUCUGCCAUAAGUGCAUAGUGGGCCUCAUUGAGAACCAGCAACGGGACACUGCAUCACUGGGGACAUUUCUCUGUGCCCUCUGUGGGAAAUCAUUUGAAAGGGAGAGCCUCCGGCCCAACAAGAAGCUGCAGAGUCUCAUUGAAGUCAUCAAGGAGAUGGACCGUGAAGUUUUGUGUGAGGAACACGGAGAGCAGCUCCACCUGUUCUGUGAGGAUGAUGGGCAGCUCAUCUGCUGGUGCUGUGAGCGGUCACCACAGCACAAAGGGCAUGUCGCAGUCCUUGCUGAAGACAUCUGCCAAGGCUACAAGGAGAAACUAGAGGAAGCUGUGACAAAACUGAGGGAACAUGAGCACCAGUGUAACAAUCUGAAGUUGUUGAUAAAAAAGCAAAGAACAGAAUGGGAGGAGAAGGUACAGCGUCAGCAGCAAACGAUCCAGUCGAACUUUGAGAAUCUCCAUAACUUCCUGUAUAAAGAGGAAGAGUAUUAUCUAUGGAGACUGGAGGAAGAAAAGGAGCAGACUCUGAGGAGGCUGCAAGAAAGUGAAGAUGAGCUGGAAAAACAGAGACAGAAACUCAAAAACCACAUCCUGGAACUAGAGAGGAAACGUCAGGCGUCAACCCAGACUUUGCUGCAGGAAGUGAAAGUCACCUUGAGCAGGAGUUCUGAAGUGAGGUUGGAAUUCCCAGAGGCCGUCGCUUUGGAUCUUCGUACUGUGUGUAAUGUUUCUGAGCUUUACUUCGAUGUGAGGAAAGUAUUGAAGAGAUAUCAAGUCAGCGUGACUCUGGAUCCAGAAACAGCUCAUAGUGACCUAUCUGUGUCUGAGGAGGGGAGGACGGUGGUGGCUGGUGGUCGUCCCCAGAAGAAGCCGCUCUCUGCCAGCAGAUUCACUGCCUUACCCUGUGUCCUGGGCCGGGAAGGCUUCACCUCAGGAAGACGUUACUUUGAAGUCCAUGUCGGAGGAGAAGGCCAACUGUGUGAUUUAGGAGUCUGUCUGUCAAGUGUGCAGAGAGACAUUAGUGUGAAGUUGCAGCCCGAGUGUGGGUUCUGGGCCCUCAGGCUGUGCAGUGACAGGGGCCUGGUAGCCCUGACCUGGCCGCGGACCCCUCUUCUGCAGGACCAUCUCUCGCUUGUGGGUGUUUUUGUGGACUAUGAGGCCGGACUCGUCUCCUUUUACAACAUGGAAACUGGCUCCCACAUCUUCACCUUCCCAGAGGCCUCCUUCUCUCACACUCUCCUGCCCUUUUUCCGAGUCUGUCCAUCUUCUCCUUUAACCCUUUUGACUCCAGGGAAGGCCAUGGCCUCAGGCACAGGUGCCAAGAAGCUGAGGGAAGAAUCCACGUGCUCCAUCUGCCUGGAGCUGAUGACUGAGCCCGUGAGCAUCGACUGCGGGCACAGCUUCUGCCGCGUGUGCCUAGUGGACCUAAUUGAGAACCAAAGUUUUGUGACACUAAUUCACUGCCCCCUCUGCCAGGUGCCAUUUAGAAGGGAGAGCAUCCGGCCCAAUAAGCACCUGAAAAGCCUCAUUGAAACCAUCAAGGAGAUAGAGUGUGAAAGGGUGUGCGAGGAACACAGAGAGCGGCUCCUCCUGUUCUGCGAAGAUGAUGACCAGCUCAUCUGCUGGCGCUGUGAGCGGUCACCACCGCACAAAGGGCACAUCAUGGCUCUUUUGGAAGACGUGUCCCAAGGAUACAAGGAAAAGCUUCAGGAAGCUGUGAAAACUUUACAGAAACUGAAAAUACAGUGUGAGACUCAAAAGGUGUUCACAGAAAAGCAAAUAACCGAAUGGGAGGAGAAAGUGGAGCUUCAAAGACAAACAAUCCAGUUAGACUUUGACAAUCUUCAUGCUUUCCUGUUUGAAGAGGCGAAGUAUUAUUUUUGGAAAUUGCAGAAAGAAAAAGAAGACACUUUGAGUAGUUUGCAGCAAAGUAAAGACAAACUGGAGAAGCAGAGUCAGGAACUUGGCAACUGCAUCCUGGAACUCGAGAAGAAAUGUCAGGGCUCAGCUCAGGACUUGUUACAGGAUGUGAGAGCCACGUUGAGCAGGAGUUUGACUAUGAAGCUGGAAUUACCAGAACCUGUUUCUUUGGAUGUUCAUACUGUGUGUAAUGUUUCUGAACUUUACUUUGACGUGAAGAAAAUGUCACAAAGCUAUCUGGGAAUGUGA